UGCCUGAAAUUCUUCAUUUUCGGGUAUGUGCGCCAACAUCAUAUACUAUUUUCCUUCCUUUUUCCCUCUUUUUCCUGUCGCAUCGCAACUUGUAUGCCGGUGAUUUGUUACGCAGCCACCGUAACAAGUCUCUUCAUGUUCCCCACGAGUCCUUGGUUUCCCCUUCCUUAUCACCAACACCGAUUUUUCUCGUUUUGUCAAGUUAUCUAAUUCAGCAUCCCCCAAACCAAAUUUUAUGCUUUCAAAUUUCACAAGCGGUACCAGUGUGCCUGUAUGUUGAUAAGGAGAUUAUUUUCAUCUUUUGUUUGUUCUUAGUCACGUCUAUACGAGUUAUUAUAUUCGUAUAGACAGUCAAUGAACUCCUUAGGUACCUACAUGUAGGCACCUGCGAGGUAGAUACAAGGCGAAACUUCCAUGUUAUUUUCGUCGCUCUUGCCCACAUAGACGCCUCAGGAAGUCGCUUCGGACCAUCACUACAUACAUAUGUACUGCUAGAUUUGUCUUAGGAUCCUAGUCUCCCUCGAACAUUGUUCAAGCUGAAUUUUUUUUUUUUCAUCGUCCUAAUACACGUCCACGUCCACACCUACACCUGCAAUCCCCAGUAAUAACGUCUCCCGACCAUACCUGACGUACUGAUCACAGCUGGUUUCCAGAUCCUUUCACUAUCGGUUUAGCCGUCAUUUUUAUUCAAUGAUAUGGAUUGAAUGACCAUAAUGGAAGACCCUUGGGAUUGGGACAUUGACAGGGUCAUUCAAGAGCUUUGCUCGGAGAAUCGAUCCUGGGAACCUCCUAAUUUACCAGCAAACUUCCCUCCCGAACAGUUGAAGGCUUCAUUGCAGGAGCACGACGUUGUUGGGAGUGUAUUGAUUACGUACGACCAAGAGAUACUCUUUAGUGAACUUGGUGUCAAGUCCUUGAGACACAGGUUCAUUUUGAAACAAGCCAUUACCCAGUUUCGCACUCGCAGCCAGAAAUAUAAACUCGACCAAAAGCGACAACACUCGGAAUCAAUUGAAGAAUAUGAUGUAAAUCAGGCUAGUGAAGAUGUUGGUCAGAAGAAGCCGACAAAUGGAUUCUCAUCCCACACUCUAACCACGCCCGCGGCAGAGAAAGAGGAAGCAUCGCACUCUUUACUUCAACUCACUCACAAUACCCAGCUAGGAACCAUAGACACCCCUACCCUACUCCCACCUGACCAAUCCGGCUCUCUCCACGAGCCUCCUUCACCUGAGCAGCAACCUAGUCAGAAAAGGCGACGAGUUGCCCCCCUUCUGGUGUCGGCAGACAUUGACACCAAUGUCACACGAAAUAUUCCGACUGAAGCGGACGUCAUCAUGGCAUCAAGGCCAACCGGCUUCGACAUACCUCGAGACAACGGCGACAUAAUCAAUUCAACGAGGGCUUACCUUGGUGAAGAUGCUUUUACGAGAGUUGAUAUAUUUGAUGACGACCAACCUUCUCGGGAGGCAGGGAAAGAAAAAGAGAUGCUGAUGGAACCAUUAACGGGCGGCCGGAUACCACCUGGGCGGCGAUUGCAGAUCCACCAGUUGUACAAACGCCAAUUGCUAUUGGACCGAAUGCCCCCCAAGCCUCACGUUCCCAAGUCCGAUAUGGUGUGGGAGAGCAAUAAUCCGGACCAUGACGAAGUCUUACCCUUAUAUGGGGACUCGGACGAAGACGGAGGAUAUGAUUCGGACACCUGGGCUGAAAUCCAGGCUGAGAAGGACGAGCAAUCUCAACUCGAUAAUGAUUUCCUAAGCCUUGAUCAAAUGCAAAAAGUCAUCGAUGACUCCAUCCAGCAAUUUGUAUCUGACUGGAAAGAUCGCAAAAUGGCCAAGUUAACGCGCAAAGCUAACCAAAUUUGGAGGGAAGCUCGAAGAAAUGGCCUAAAGUGGUCAAUCGACAAAAAUCGCCGUAUCAUUGAGACACGUGAAGCCCGCAUCGCGAAGUAUCGCGAGGGAUUUGUCACUCAACAGUGGCGCAAUAUCAACGAGCUGAAGGCAAAUACCUUAAUCUUGCAACAAACUAUCGAAGACAAGGAGUAUUCUUCAUGGGUUCUCUCUGUUAUCACAGACGACGCUGAACCUAAGAAACACCCACACCUCGUUCAAACAGGGACGAGGAAAGCUCGUAUAGCUCGGCCAAUUGCGUCAGAUGGCGAAGAGAUCUUGACGAGCGAAUCUGAAGAGGAGCUUGAUGAUUUUAUUGUCGAAGACGAGCCUCCUCCCAUGUUACCUGACAUGACCCUUGAAGGGUCACCUAUGGAUAUUGUCGAAGAUGGUGGUGCAUCUCCCAUACGACAACAAUCUAUCCCUAUUGACCAUCCCGAAGAGACAAUCGUGGAUCCGGAAGAUACAAACACAAUUGAUCUCACGCAGGUAGAGGACGCUGAAAAGGGCGAUGUCAAGACAUCAUUCAAGACACCAACUAAGUCUCAGAAGCAUCAUGUUAUAGAUCUUGUCACGCCCAAUAAGUCCGCCUCUACACCUAGUGGAUCGCCCAGUACCAAGCGUAAUCAUAAACCAGGAAAGUCGAAGGUCGACAGACAAGGUUCGGAUAAGCAAGAGAACCGGUCGUCAGCACUAAUAAUGGAUAUUGAUGAUCUAGAUUCCCUAGAGAGAAUGGUCGCUGAAGAGCUUAGAAAGCUCUACCCCAUUUAUCUCUCGUUUGUCGCAUCGAUGGCUAUAGGCCUCCGGCCAAAAGAUAUCCGACAUGAAGGCAUUCGGCUGGAGGAUACCUGGUUGGACAUGGCACUUCAUAAAUUGCACGGACAGGAAUACCCAAAGCCUCCUCUAGACACUCGUGAGAAGAGGGAUACUUUCGCUGUCUACACCCUCCUACGUCUAUUCGAGAUAUACAAAGAUGGUAAUUUGGUCUCAGUAGGUCGGUUUAAGAAACUAAGCUACAAGGAGAUAACGGUGAAAUGUCAAAACUGGGGAAAAAACGGGGAUCUCAGUAAAGCCGACAGCUACGUGGACUUCCUCUGUCGCCUGUUCGAUCGUUUCGAAAUUGAGUACGAGAAGUCUGAUCCGAAGUCUGAUCUGAAGCCUAACUCACAGACGAUCGAAAAGUCCCCCUCCCCCAAGCGCGGUCGACGUAGGAAACACAAUCGUAAUCGGGAGGCGGAAGACCUCCGGCUAGCAGAUCGAGCAAGGGUUAAGGAACAAGCUCAUCGCCGGCAAGUACUGCGUGCGAAGCUCCUGCGACUCGAGGCGACCGGCUCAAUAGACCUUGAGAACCGUAUGGAUAUGAUCAUCAAUGAAAGCAAAGAAGAUGACAAAGGUUUCAUAUAUGUCCAUCCUGAGAUUGCAGCACGAAUCAAGGAACACCAGGUAGCUGGGGUUAGAUUUAUGUGGGACCAGGUUGUCGAAUCCGGGGCAAAACAGGGCUGCUUGCUAGCUCAUACUAUGGGUCUCGGAAAGACUAUGCAGAUAAUCACUCUUCUGGUAGCCAUCGCCCAAGCCGCAUCAUCUGAAGACCCAGCCAUUUCGUCACAGAUACCAGAUGAUCUAAAAGAGUCCAAAACACUUAUGCUUUGCCCUCCCUCCCUCGUCGAUAACUGGAUGGAUGAGCUGCUCUUCUGGGCCCCUGAAGACCAUAAGCUUGGCGAGUUUUUUAAAGUCGACCAGACGACCCCUAGGGAAGAGCGCACAGGGCAUAUUACUUCCUGGGAUGAUCGGGGCGGUAUACUCCUCUUUGGCUACAGCCUCUUCAAAGAAUUUAUCGACAACCAGGAGACCCGUGAAAUCCUGUGUGACGGUCCUAAUAUUGUGGUAGCGGAUGAAGCACAUAUAAUGAAAAACCCAAGCUCUCAAAUUCACAUGGCUACCGCAAAUUUCCGAACCCAGAGCCGAAUCGCGCUUACAGGCUCCCCUUUGGCCAACAAAGUUGAAGAGUACCAUGCCAUGGUUAAUUGGGUUGCCCCCAACUAUCUCUCUGACAUUCGUGAAUUCAAAGCAGAGUAUGCUACGCCAAUUUCCGAAGGACUUAAACCAGAAAGCACCCGAAGUCAGUACAAACGCGGUUUAAAGAUGCUUAAAGUUCUCAAGGAGGUGGUGGCGCCGAAAGUACAGCGAAUAACGAUCACUGUGCUAAAGCAGGACAUACCUGUAAAGCAGGAAUUCCUGCUGACUGUACCCCUCACAGAUAUCCAACAUGAAGCGUACGAAACCUUCAUACGCUACCAGCUUGAACAUCCGGGGUCGAAUUUAUUGUCUGCCAUGGAUACAUUAGGCGUUAUCUGUGCUCAUCCCGCAAUAUUCCAUGCGAAAUUGCAGGGUCGCGAGUCGGGUUCUAAAAUUAGUCUCCCUAGUGAACUCAUCAGUAUGGAAAAGCAGCUAUUGACGAAAAUAAAGGAUAUAAAUGAUAUUUCGUUAUCCUGGAAGAUACAGAUCCUCCUCUCCAUCCUUGAGGGGUGCAAACGUAUAGGUGACGCAGUGCUUAUUUUUAGCCAGUCUAUCCUUACGCUUGACUAUCUGGAGCAUACCCUCCGUAAGAGGAAAUUCUUGUUAGAGAGGUUGGAUGGAUCAACUCCCACGAAUAUACGGCAAGGGAAAGUGAAGCAGUUUAAUAAUGGAGAAAUCGAGGUUUUUCUAAUUUCUACCCGGGCCGGUGGUCUUGGACUGAAUAUGAUUGGAGCCAACCGUGUUAUUAUCUUCGACGUAAAAUUCAAUCCCCAGCAUGAGCAGCAGGCGGUUGGCCGCGCAUAUCGUCUCGGCCAGAAAAAACCAGUUUAUGUGUAUCGGUUGUACACUGGUGGCACUGUUGAGGAGAAAAUGCUCAAUAUGGCUAUAUUUAAGACACAGCUAUCUUCUCGAGUGAUUGACAAAAAGAACCCCAUUCCUAAAGCCGAACAGUUUGGCCAUAAGUUUGAACUGCCAAGGAGGCUCAAAGACACUGACGAAAACGCAAUCAAAAAACAUCGCGGCAAAGAUAGCGUCCUUGACCAGGUCUUUGACGAAUUGAAAUCGGGUGUUAAUACUAUUACGAUGAUGGAUACUUUUGAGGAGGAAGCGCUUGAGGAUUAUAUUCUGACGGAUGAGGACAAUGCAGAAGCUGCCCAACUAAUCGCUCAAGAGGAGGCUCGUAGAUUAGGCAAACCUCUCCCACCUCCUCUCCCGUCCACAAGUCUAAAUAACGCCUACAAUUCCUUAUAUAAGCAAACUAACGGUGAAGUAUUCGGAGCGCUGAAGACCGGGGAAUCUUCCCUGGGGGGCGCCACACCCCAACAUGACCAUGUGCAACCUAUCCCAGGCGCCACGACACACCUCGGAAGAUCACCACCUUCUCCGGGCAAUAUCUCGGCCGAAGACGUUAAGAUCUGGGAAAAUCAACCAGCUUUUAAGGGAGAAUUGGUUCGGGCCUUUAUAGGACAUGAUAUCCCAUAUCUUGAUGAGAAAGGGAGACGAGAUUGCGUUCAACUUAUCACAACAGCAGUCUGGAGCGAACAGCGAUCGCCUGAACAGCAAGGCCUACUAAAAUCAGCUAUCAUGAUGGCGGCAUCUUCCAAACGAUUUGUUGAGGCCAUCUGUUCGGAAUUACUUACUCCAACUCAGCUUGCCAGCAUGGAACCAUCUGACAUCACAGCAAAGCGCACGGAUUGGGAUAGAAUGACCGAAGACGACUGGGCACAGCGCAAAAAUGACAAUCACCAGUCCACUCAGUCUAGGGUCGAUCCUGAAGUAGGAAACCCCGUUCACCCCAACAAUAAUAUACUCUAACUAAUGUCCAACUUCUGACAAUAGCAUCUCCGAUAUGCUCUCCGCAAGAUGCCCUCCACCCCUAAGAGGGAGAACUCUGGAUCGGGACAGCGUAAACCAAAUAGGAUUGACGACCAGGAGGCGUUGAAGGCCGUUAUGGAACGCAGGAAGCUGAAGACAUCUUCCCGUGGGAAAAACCCGCAUUUACCUAGUUGGGCAAUUGAUGCAGUCGCCAAGCAAGGACGUACGGGCCCAUCUCCGACACCAGAUUCCACAACGCCCUCAACUUCUACAUCUCAACUUUUACCCAAAUCUCCAUUCACUUGAGCUUCUGGGGGCUCGGUUUUCACAUUAAUUUCACACAGGGCAAACGGCGUUUACGGAUGAGUUUUCCUCGUUGCAUCGGUAGUUCGAUACCCAUACGGUUGAUACGAUUGUUAGGAUUUUCAUCAUUCAUACGAAAUCUUCGAUGAAUGUUAAGAGGAUAAUGGUGGUAUCUGCGCGGUAGACGUAGGCAUAGGGGAGGAGAUCUGGAAAUAAAAACCUGGCCUUGCCGUUGGCGGAGCUUUCUGUUGAUGUCCUGGAGAGAGGAACAGCACUCAGAAAAAGGAUUUUGCUCGGGUAAAUAAAAGAGAAUGCUUCCUAAUCCAUACUAUUUUCAUUACCAAUGCCUUUUCAUUGAUUGAUCUUCCC